AUGUCCAUGUCCUGCGUGCUCAGGGCCGUCUUCGUUGGGGCCGUCGCGCAUGGUGUCGGGAGAGUCGUCCUUCUCCUUGUCGGAGAAGUCGCCCUCUUCGGGAGUAUCAUCGGCGUUGCGCAUGGUCUCGUCGACGACCUCGCCGUCGCCCUCGCCCUCGUUCAUGUCGCCGCGUCGUCCGUGGUGACCUCUACCACCGCAUCGGCCACCGCCGCGGCGACGACCACCGAAUCCACCGCGGAAGUCGCCCCAGCCGCCGUAGGGACCGCCCCAUCCGCCGGGACCACCUGGGCCGCCAGGGCCGCCGCCGAAGCCGUCGCCGGCGCGCAUGUUGGGGUCGAGAGAGUGGAUGAAGCUCCAGAGGCCUUGAGGGCCACCUGGGCGACCCCAAGGAUUGUUAUUACCGUUUGGACCUGCCCAAGACAUGUUGGAUUGUUGUAUGCGUAUGUGUGAUUGUUUG